GUCAAGCUGCACUCGUGCUGUCAUGCAGAUGCGCCCGAAGCAGAUGCAACCCGAGGCGCUAGAAGUCGCUGUUGGGGGCGAGGGACUUUGCACAGUUUGCUGGGUCAAGGAGGCGGAGCCUGCAGAGGCGAAAGGGAAACCUCAGCAGCGCGUCCCUAUGGAGCUAUGGCUCUGUUUCAUCUUUCUCUUGCCCUUCUCCCUGGUGCAUGGAGCAGACAGGGCUUCCUUCUCUCGCCACUUUCGAAGCAGCCAGCAGGAAGAGAAGGAGGAGGCGGCCAAGUGGGAAAGCAUUUUAAGAAUUAGACGUCUGAAUUCCUUGUCAAAUGGUGACAACACUACUGCUUUCUAUGGAAUGAAUCAGUUCUCACAUUUGUUUCCUGAAGAAUUCAGAGCUAUUUACCUACAGAGUAAGUCUUCUAAAGUGCCCAAAUUUACUCCGGAAGUUAGAGUAGAGGAAAUUGAUAAACCCUUACCAGCAAAGUUUGAUUGGCGCGACAAGGGUAUUGUUACAAAAGUGAGAAACCAAGGAGUGUGCGGUGGUUGUUGGGCUUUCAGUGUUGUUGGUAUAAUAGAAUCUGUCCAUGCAAUAAAAAGGAAUGUUCUGGAAGAACUCAGCGUACAACAGGUUAUUGACUGUUCAUACAUUAAUUCUGGAUGCCGAGGUGGCUCCCCGGUUGGUGCUCUGGGGUGGAUCAAUCAGACACGUGUGAAAUUAGUCAGAGAUUCAGAAUAUCAUUUUCAAGCUGAAACAGGAUUGUGCCGUUAUUUCAGUCGUGCAGAUUUUGGAGUCUCAAUCAAAGGCUAUGCUGCAUAUGAUCUCAGUGACCAGGAAGACAAAAUGAAAAAACUGCUGCUUGAAUGGGGUCCUUUGGCAGUAGUUGUAGAUGCAGCAAGCUGGCAAGAUUACCUUGGUGGAAUCAUACAGUAUCAUUGUUCCAGUGGAGAACCAAAUCAUGCUGUUCUCAUUACAGGUUAUGAUACAACAGGUAGCAUUCCUUUCUGGAUUGUUAAGAACUCCUGGGGACCAGCCUGGGGGAUAGAUGGCUAUGUUCGUAUUAAAAUAGGUUCCAAUGUCUGUGGUAUUGCUGAUGAAGUUUCUGCUGCAUUUCUGUGAAAUUGCUGCUUCGCAUAAAGAAUCUGUGGCAGUCCUUUUGCACAAAAUAUGAAAACAAUUUAUUUUCAAGGUGGCACACUAUUUCUGGGCAUUGAAAUUAUAACAAAUCUCAAAACAUAGAAGAAGUAUUCCCUUCCAACCAAUGCCGUGGACAUUUACUGUUGGUGAAUCAGAAGACUGCAGUAGGCACGCAAAUUGUACCACAACCAUUAAUUUGAUUGAAGGAGGGUUGUAUAUUACCUGUUCUGGUACAGAAUUUGGGAAUCUCUGCCUUUUCUGCUUAUCAAAAUGUUUUUAGUAAAUAUUUGAGUUACUAUGGCAUAUUAUGCAGGGAGCUAAAUAACAGGAUUGAUCAGAUAUUGGCUAGCAACCUGUAAGUUAGUCCCUGCUUGAGUAGACCCAUUCAGUCAACUGUUGAAUGGUGAGUUCAUUUUUUGCUAAAUCCAUUGGAUUCAAUGGAUGUACUCUGAUCAGUAUUACAAUAGGAUUUAGGACCUCAUCACACUACAGCAUGGAUCCACUUUAAAUUUUUUGGCUGUUUCCUGCAGAAUUCUGGGGUUUGUAGUCAAGUGAGUGGACUUUAAACUGCUCAGCCGGACGUCCUGGGCCUCCCUAAACUACAAACCCCAGAAUUCUGCAGGAGGCAGCCACAGGUUUUAAAGUGGAUCUGUGCUCCGUGAUGAGGCACUAAGUCCAAUAUGUUCUUCCCUUGAGACAUUAGACAAAAUAUACUGUGUGUCUCAGUAUCUAGUCUAUAAAAGGGAGAAAAUGAUCAAUUAGAUUCUGUAUUUCUUAUGAAGUCAAAACACAAGGAAAGACUGCAGAACAUUUUGCAAAUAAAAAUCACAGACUGGUUCUACACUGCUGUAUAAUGCAGUUUGAACUGCAUUAUACGGCAGUGUAGAACCAGCCAGAGUUUUGGAGAACUUGAUUGUUUAGGGCACACACCCCUGCUUUUUCCUAGCGCCACACAGAGUGUAAUUCAGCUUCUUGAAUAGGAGUGGGCACCUUACAAGUAUCAGUGGGCCACAUUGAACCCAAUUCCCUAUUAGGGCUACUCCAUUGUUACAGGAGAAUGGCAUGGUACUCCACCAUCAGCACAGACUCUACAGGCUUCUUCUAGAAGGUAUAGAGAGGAAGGCUAAAUAUAUCAGUAUCUGCCUAUUCUGUCCAUGGUUCAUUAUCAGCAACAUGAAGAAAUGGCCAGGUCUUGUACAAAGGGGCCCCCUCAGUAGGGGUGUUCUUUCCAUUCCUAUUUCUGAGUGUUUGUGCUGUACUGGAACCUGAUAUUCUUUCUGUCUUGUAAAUUCAGCUACAGGGUCAUUCUAGUUUUCUACGUCCAAAGUUGUCAGUUUGAGUCAAGCUAUCUUGUAUCCUGUUUGUAACUAAAAUUAUCAGCAAUGCUGUUUUCUCUCCUCAAAUGUAUGAGUAGUCUUUCAUACACAAAUGAAAAGCAUUUUGAAAUGUUUCCAAUUAACACUUCCUCGAUUAACACACAACUCUUAAAGCAUUCUUAUUGUUGUGAUUCAGCCUGAUGAAGAUGAGGGGUUUGGGGUUUCAGGGCCCGAGAGAGUGCUGGAAUCAGAUGCAGCUGAGGAGGAGCAAAAGGAGAGGGUUUUAGAGCAAGAUGCUGUCUCAGAGAGAGUGUGUGAAAGCAGAGCUGUUUUAGAAUCUGACAGUCAGGGUGGGGACCUCUCACCCCGUCAUGAUUGCAUUAGCUUAUCCGAGGGAGCAGUUGGCUUAAAGAUACAAGACUGCUUCUGAGGGGGGAGAGAUUCAGGUUCAGGAAAUCGGAAUCCGUGAGAAGGAGAGGCAAAAGCAGGCCCCUCAAGGUCAAAGAAAUGUGUUCAUGCUUUACACUCCUUAAAUCAGAGCGAGCUAUGUUGGGAUUUUAGAUCAAGCAAAGUUGCUAUCCAAGUAAAGACCUCCUAUCUUGUUCCUAGUUCAGGAAUUAGUUCAAGACCCAAGAUUCAUGUCAUGUUUUGAUACUUGUUUUAUGAAUAUACCUUUGGAUUCAUGCUCAUGUUUUGUCUCCUUGUUUCAUGGAAUAUUUUAAGAUUCAUGCUCAUGUUUUGUUCCUUGUUUUAUGGAUUUACCUUGGGAAUCAUGUUUAUAUUUUAAGCCUUUCUUCAUGGUUUUACGCCUUGUUUCCUGGAUUUGUAUUGCCAUUGGAUUGUUUUCUUACUGCCAGUUUGACCUGGCUUAUUGCCUGUGAGACUUGUCUUCUGUAUCAACUUCUUGGAUUUUACCCUUUUGCUUUCUUAUGGUGUUUUCCCCUUUUUAUAAGUGUUUUUAUCAAUAAACUGUUUUAUUAUC